UGGAUAGAAUGAGGUGAUAUCAUAUAUUGAAGCAUGUUUCUCCUUUCUGUGACAGACAUCAUCAGCUCUGAACCUGUGGAGGACAUAGACACCACCAGCUUCGUGGCAGAGUUUUCCCUGGAGGCCAAUUAUCCAGUGCAGGUGACCGAUCCUAAUGCAGAUGCUGUGACCCUCCACCUGACCUCCAUGACCUCUGGAUACCUGAGCCCCUCCUCAGACAGAAUACGACAGCCAGUUCAAGAUGGAGUCGAAGAAUGCAACUGCCCAACAUCUACUUCACCAGACUUCCCCAAAGAGCUGCAGUUACUGCACAGCCCUUGUGAAAAGUGCUGCUGCCCAGCCCCCCCUCCCAAGAUAAGUGACCUCAUGAACGACAAAGACCUCCUGGAUCUACUGCGGCUCAAGCUGGAUCCAAACCACUGCACCAUCAAAAACUGGAAGAACUUUGCUAGUCGCUGGGGGAUGAGCUACGAUGAACUGACCCUGCUGGAGCACCGGACCCAGGGCUCCCUGUCCCACAGCCCCACCCAGGAGUUCCUGCUGCGCUACAACCAGAAGACUGUCACGGAGCUCUCGGAGCUCUGCCGCCUGUACCAGCGCAUCGACGUGCUGCGGCUGCUGCAGCGCUGGAUGGAGAAGGACUGGCCCUCACGCUGGCAACAGGCUCAUUAGCCAGUGGGAUUUCCUCUUCUUUAUCAUAUUUGUUAUCAUUAGUAACUUUAGCAAGUGAUCUUAAGAAUCUUGAGAAUGAUUAAAAAAGUGACCAACACUGUCAACUACCUGUGGAGAAUGUCAGCUGCGAUGAGAAAUCUCUGGAUCUUACCGACAGUAAAGCACUUCAAAGACUGACUACUGAUGACCAGUUUGGCUUUUGAAACAUGUGUUGCUGUGUCAGCAACAUGGCCAAUCAGUCUGUUGCUCUGUAGGGUGCACCACACAUUUGGUCAAACUUGGUGAUCCCCAAUUUCUUUCUUUAGCGAUAUCAUCAUAUCAAAUGUGUUCAUACUUUGCUUUAAGUUAAAAUUCCUAUGCAACUUACAUUCCCUACAUUAUCACAGUUAUUAUGCUUGUGUGCUUAUAAGCAAAGGUUAGCACGCUAACAAACCCAUUUCAGAUGAUGAACACAAAUAAAUAAAUCAAAGUAAAUAUUAUCCUGCUAAACAGAUAGCAUGUUAGCAAGGUCAUCACAUGAAUGUUAGCAUGCUGAAGUUAGCAUUGAGCUCAAAGCCUGUUGUGCCUAAGUUCAGCCUCAAAGAGAAGCUGGCCCGGCUGAGCACUCUGAUGUGUGUCUGACUUUAUGUGUCUACAUAAACUCAGAAGGAAUGGCAGAGUAUUUAUUUUGUUUAAUAUAUGUUGUUCUUUGGAAAUAACACUCCAUUUUAACAGGAUCUAUGUCACAACCUUUGAGAAAUAAUCGUAUGGGCUCUGUCUCGUUUACCGUUAUUCCAUUGGUGGAAUGGAGCUAUGUGAACGAUUUCUCUACGAUUGAAAAGUUGUAUCACUCGCAUCAAUAAUUAUUAUUUCAUAAAUGUCAUCCUAUUUUUGGUCUAAUCCAAACAAUGUUCUCAAACCUUUUAAUUGUAAAAAGUGUGAACUAAAACAACAGUUGAAAGUGUUCAUGCUAACAUCAACGGCCUUUGGCAUUUAGUUUGUUCUUUUUUAAGAAACAACUGAUUUCUUAUUGUACUUUUUUUUCAGUAUGAAAUAAACACAUAUCAAACUCUUUAAAA